AUGCCGGGGAACCUGAUGGAGACCAUUGCCGGGCAGUUCCACUUCAAGGUGUCGCAGCCUCAAACAAUGGAUGAAGCCAAUCAUCGGGCUGCUUCAAUCCGGAGGGCAGCGACCGAAGCCUACCAGUGGCUGGAAGCCAAUGAGCCUGAAGAAGGCAGCAGGCUCAAGAGCACGGCUGCCGAGGAUGGAACUGUUGGUGGAGGGCACGCAGGUCAUGUGACGAAGGAAGCUUUACAACAGCUGGCGGACCAGUUGAAGAAGGGCCGAGUGAAUGCCGAGCUGAUCCCAACUCAUGAAGAGGCUGCUAAUCGAGGAGAAGAACAGGCUCGGGCUGCACUACCUGCUCAAGCCCCUGCACCAGAUCCUCGAUACCCGGCGAUGACUUUGAGUGAUGAUGAGCAACAACCUUCAGAUGACGACAUUGGCCCCGAAGAGCUGAAGAAAGCAACAUCCGAAGAAGGGAGAUCCUGGAGAAGGGAGUCGUUCGACUCGGAGGAGGUUGUCGCCAACAAGUUGGAGGAGUCAUCGAUCCGGGCGACGGUCGCAUCUUCAUCAGCGGUGGACCCGGCUAUGCAGACCGUCCGACAGAAGAGGGACUUCUACGAGACUGCAUUCCGCACGACGCAGGAGCACCUCAAAAAGAUGAAGACCAAGCUGGAGAAGAAGAGCGCCCUGAUGAUGGAACCGGUGGCCCCUGCAACUGUGGUCGACAGGUCAGAGGCGUGUGAGAAUGGAGAGUCAGAAGAAGCUACAGGCAGUGAGCCGGUGUACAGUCCCUACACCUCGGAGGAGUCCAACCAGACUGUGGCAUCGAUUAGCUUGCCCUUCAUUGAGGUGGACAUGUUUGAGGAACCAUGGCCGGGGGAGGGCGACCUGAUCGAUGAUCCUGCCUUCAGGGUGAUGGACCAUGAGGCCUAUGUGACCGACAUGGCCUCCGAGUGUCAACCACUACAACAUGAACAUGAUGUGCUUCCGGCAGGCUGGCGAGCGGACGGCUUCCGCAGAGUGGGCAUUUUGAGAAACCCAUCUCCCUGUACCAGAGCGAAGGUGCCGGCCGAUCGGUGGAGGUUGUUGGGAGAUGUUCCUAGUCGUUUGAGGCGGCCUCUCACCCAAACCGAGGUCCUGGAAGCAUAUCGGAAGGGUCAGUUGAGCACGGGACAAACUCGUCCGGCAGUGGCGCGGCCUGGGCUACAUGAAGAUGAUGAUCGAGGGCGGGUCCAUUUGACGCCCAGGAGAAGGAUGUUUGUCCCUGGGAUAGUUCCUGAUGAAGAUCACCUACAAGAUGGUGAGCCACUACCUGAUGCUGUACCUGGACUACAAGGUCUACGGGCAACACAAGUGGGUUAUCAGACUCCACUAGGCGCCAAGGAGUAUGUGCGGGACAACAUCCAUUGGAAGAGCUGGAAUGCCUCCCUGGACAUGAACAGGUCAUGGAGGGGGAUAACUCGCUUUGUGACGCUGGACCCUGCCACUGACUAUCUCGUGUUGGCUACUUGGAUGCAGGGUCGCCAAGCGGUUGAAGAGUUGUGGAGGCAUGGAGCACGGGCUAAUCAGGCCUAUAAGUCGGUGAUUAAGGAGGUGAACGUCGCAGAGCUGGGACAAGGCAUGCCUCUGGAAAGCGAGCACCACACCCAGAUGAUGAUGACAGUCUUGGGUUACUUUGCGCCAUUCGCAGCUGCUACGGCUUUGCCGCUACCUGCUCCUCCGAGUGCGCAAGGUGGACUGCUCGAGCUGGCCGAAUUGGACAGCAAUGUCCUGCAGGAUGUCGACAAGCCAGAGACUGGAAAGGUCAAGCUUUGGGCAACGCUGGCGGUGCACGUGGAUGAUGUGAGGUUUAUCUGCAGCCCGGUCGCGGAGGUGGAGCUAUGGCCUAAGUUGAAGGGCCUCUUCACGUUUGGUGAUUGGGUGCAUCCCGAGGAGUUCACCAAGUUUUGCGGGCGAUGGGAGCGACAGUUGCCUGACGGCACAGUGGAGCUGCAGAUGAAUGAGUACGCCAGGAAGGUGAAGGAUCCACCAUCGAGGUCAGCUUCUCGGGCAAUGGCUCCGCUGAUGCCGAACGAGAAGUCCUGGAUUGGGGCGAUCAUCGGACAACUGAAUUGGCUGGCCCGCCAAGCCCGAGCUGAUCUUUUGUAUGGAUGCUCAAGGAUCCAGCAGCUGUCAGGCACCAAUGACCCUGCAGCCUUACAGGAGCUGAAGGUGCUGGUGGAGCGAGCAAGAGAGCCCCACACUCAGGUGUUCAAGAAGCUUGGAUGUGGCAUGGACCAGAUGAGGACGGUCCCAGGGAGGAUCAGUUUUGAUGGUGGCAAAUCCCCUGGUGUCCUGAAGAGAGUGGUUCGCUCUUCACUGGCCGCCGAGAUCUCCCAGGCCGCAACGACCAUGGAGGAGGCGGAUUACCUGAGGGCCUUCAUGGGUGAAGCCUUGGAUGGAGCCUUCACGCUCCGUGGAUGGCUGGCCGCGGUAGCCAAGUGGAGGCAGUUGUCCGUGCUGGACUCACGGACUGGCUACGACCUUCUCAAUGGGUCAGCCUUGGGGGAGGACAAGCGCCUCGCCAUCGAUGUGGCGGCGAUGCGCCAAGCGCUCCAGGAAGAUGGCGCCUCGAGGAUGGUGAGAUGGGUGCCCGGCGAAGAGAUCAUUGCGGAUGAUCUCACGAAGCUCGCUGGGAACGGCCGCUUGAUGAAGGUGAUGGCCAUGGGCAGCUGGGCACUCAAAGACACCGAGGCGGCCAAGAAGCUCCGGAGCGACGCUGCCGCUCGAAAGCGAGCUUUUCGGCAGCGGAGGGCAUCAGCUCCAAAGGGGGCUGGUGUCCUUUAA